AUGCUUUUGAGCCAGCAAGCAAUGCCUAUGACCCAAGUAUCUUAGCGCUUUUUCUUCACUUAGAAGCAGUAAAUGGAUACUCUACAGAAGUAGUAGACUUAAAGUAUGGCAUAAAGCAUGCUGUUGCUGCAAAAUCAGUCAAUGAGAAACUUCGGUGCUCUUUAGAAAUUAAUGUACAAGACUGACAAUAAUGCCAAGUCAGGCAGAUAUCAAAAGGGUCUGUUUCACAGAAAGACUCACGGACGUCGCUUCCAAAGAUGUUUCUCAAUGAAGAAGUCUAUCGUGACCAUGAAACCUAACAUCAAGAGGAAGAAUUUAUACUCUGAGGCUUUGAAUAAGCACUUUAGAAUGGAGAUCUCGAUGAAAGCUAGAAAGUGUAUUAUAAAGGCUGGUUCACUUGAUAAGUACCUUACCUCAACAUCAACUAAGAAUAUUGACUCCAAGUUUGGUCUAUACUUGAGAGAAUUAGUCAUUAAGAAGUAGAAGAAUCCCGAUUUCGAGGUGCCAUACAUUCCAGGCACAGCUAAAUUACCUAAAACUAAAAAGACUUCAGCUUGGGAAUACAGACAGAUUCCUGCUAUCUAUAUGCCAGUGAAAGCUAGAUUAUCAGAUGAUAUGUCAAAGUACUACGCCAAGACUCCUUAAGAGAUGUCUCGUUACGAGAUAUCACAACUCGAGCAAAUGCUUAAGGAAUUGGACGAGCCAGAGAAAUUCUUCCCUGAUGAAUAUGUGUUUGCAAGUUAGGAGUACGCUGACUUAAAGGAGGAAAUGAUGAAGUUACAGCCCAUCAGACAUGGUGUCUUCAAGAGAUACCUUGAACAGUACAAAUACCAGAAGAAGAAGAGAGAGACUCUGCUCAGAGCAAUGGAGGAGUCUGAGGAAGUGGUCAAAGAUGUACUUCGUGAUGAUUACGUGCACUUCUUAGAUGCUGUACCAGAAAUCAGAAAAUUCCUUGGAGAGGUUGAAGCCUUAGAAGCAGCUGGAGAGUAGAGAAAGCUUGAAGAAAAGAAAUUGGAGGAAGAGAGAGAAGCAGAUGAGAGCAUUAUUAAGCACAAAAAGUUCAUUAACAUUAAGAAAUUGACCAAGAAGCAGUAAAAGGAUUUAGCAAAGAGCAAGUCCACUAACAGAAGAAUCUUGGACGAAGAAAUCCCAGAGGAGUAGUAGAAAGAAGAGGAAAAGGAGAACGAAAAAGACAGUGAAGAGGAAGAAGAAGAAGAAGAGGAGAAGAAAGAACUCAAGAAAAAGAAGGACUCCGUUCAUAAGGCUUAGACAAUUAAGGAAGUUCCAUUUAACCCUCUUACUUUCAAUCCAUUCGACCCCGAAAACAUUAAGAAAGAUGAUGCCAUAAAGAGAAGAUUGCUACAGCCAAAGAGAGUUUAUAAAGAGGUUGAUCUUGAGGAGUUAGAGAAAUUAAAUAACAGUACUCCUUCUUCUCCUUUAUCCGCAAAGAAGGAGGCAGCGAAUGCUAAGCUUGACGGACAAGAAUCAUUAAUCCCAGGUAAAAGAGUGUCUAAGCAGACUAAGGGUUCAAAGAAAUAGAAAAGCAACUCUAAAAAGACUAAAGCUAAAGAAGGCGGUAGAGAUGAUGAAUGA